CAUCAGUCUCAGGUGUUACCUUUGCGGGAGCAAAUGAUCAUGACAUCGUGUGAUCAUCGCCCAUUCAUCAUUCCUCACCUUCCUUCCCACCACCGACCGCCAUCACUUCCUCUCCGCCUCUACAAGUGACGAUACCCAUUUAAAACCUCUCUACGACCUCUCUACGACUUGAAUAUGACGCCAGCAUCGAGUGACAGCAGCGCCAAAGAUUUCAUCAAGGCAGUCAGCGGAGACCUUGGCUCCUCGGAACUUCUCAACGGACCACCCAGCCCUGCAGCUAGCUCCUCAUCGACACUUGGAUAUCAUCACGAAGAACACAUCAUCGAAAUGGCGGAUCUCUCUCCUAGGUCGUACUGCAAAGAGGAUGAUUGGGAGCACAAGGACUUCGAAGAGAAAUAUCCAGAGCACAAACACUUCAAUGGGGAAGCUCACGCGCACAAGCAAGGUGCCGCUCAUACCACUCACAUGAAUCCAGAGACAGCCCAAGCUCGCCCUUCAGGCUCGGGCGCAAGGCCACAACGGGAGGCUAUGCAGCGCUCGCCCACACAAGAGGAGUGCUUGGUCAGCCUCAUUCACCACUUUGACAAGCACAGAAGAAUCUUCUGCCGGAUCUUGCUUGCCCUCUUGCUCGCUGCUUGCUUAUUCCUGGCCACCGUCAUUACAGGCGCAGUAGAAUGGUCAAAAGACAACUGAGCUGGAGCACGGGAUUAGAACCACCCUCCUCGCUCCCUCUCGUCGACUGUGCACGUCCACAGUAUCUCGCUCACCUUGUGCUUGAGCGCAGAUAGUGCGCAAGCUUCGUGCCAC